AUGACGGGGUUGCAAUGGUUGACUGUCAACGCCGUUGUAGUUGCUGCGGUGGCAACUGCGGCAGUUGUAGUGCCGGUGGUGCCCGUUGUGCCUGUUGUGCCAGUGGUGUCAGUGGAGUCAGUGGUAGCAUCGGCCACAGCAGCAGCAACGGCGGCGGUGGUGGUGGCCGACGUCGAGGACGAGCUCGAAGAUGACGAGGAGGUCAAGGACGAGGACGAAGAGGUGGUGGCCGCAGCAGGAUCUGUUGAAGAAGAAUCUGUGCUUGUUUCAGAUGAUGUGGCAGCGGCCGCAUCUGCAACAGCAGUGCCGGUACUAGAAGAUGAAGACGUGGUGGUUACGUCCGCCAGUACGACCAGACCCAUGGUUAAUGCCAAAACGAUCCUGCUAGGUCUCAUCAACAAAACUGAUUAG